UGCUCAUGGGCAUCCCGGACCUUGCACCUGCUCUGGUACCCCACGCAUCGUACCUCUGCUAUUGGCUUGCAGUACGCUCGUCGUCGCCAUGGCUCAGAAAACCAACAGUGCCGCUGCUCAGGCCAACGCCCUAAAGAGGAAGUAUGCCAAUGAUUACCCCAAACAGGUCUGGUACUUGGUGGCUUGCUUCCUUUUCACCAUCUCGCUUUGCCAAUUCGGCUCCUGGGUGGUCUCAAGGCUCUCGUCGAAGAAGCGGUCUUCCUCGAAUACAGAUGCCGAAGCUGGUGCUAGUAUUCCUCCGAAGCGUUUUUCGAUCCGCAAUCUACCUGCGGCCAUCGUCAACACGUAUCGUGUAAUGGCCUUCCGCUGGACGCUCGAGCUCGGUAGCUCAUACACCUUGAACCUCGCCGAAGUGUUUGUCACAUGCGGAUACAUCAUUGCUCUCUUCGUAUGGGAGUUCGUUAACACCACGGAUCCGACGACGGGACAGAAAUUCUCCUUGAGUUGGUACGGCAACAGGGCCGGUAACAUCGCUUCGGCUCAACUGACUCUGGUAACGGCUCUCGGGUGCAAGAACAACGUUGUGUCUUACAUCACGGGAAUCAGUUAUGAUAAGUUGAACUAUGUGCACCGAAUGACGGCCCGAGUUUGCUUCGUCAUGCUUUGGGUGCACACGGCGAACUGGCUGACAGCGGCGUCAUGGUCAGAGUUCGACAGGACAAUCUGGUUCCUUCCGAUCGGUAUGACCGCGAUGGUGGCAUUCUCAAUUCUCAUUGUUUUCUCCAUUCGACCCGUUCGAGAUAAGGCAUACGAGUUCUUCUUCAUAACUCAUUUCCUGAUGGUCUUCAUCUUCCUUCUAGGCGGAUAUUUCCAUGCAUGGAAAGAGAGGAAGGGCUCGUACAUCUGGCCGAGUUUCCUCAUCUGGGGCCUUGAUCGCUUCAUCCGAUUCAUGCGCAUGGUCGUCUUCAACCAUCUCUACUUUUCGUGGAGCAAGAAGAGGGCCCACUUUGAUGCGCAAGUCGAGCUCCUCUCCCCGAACUUCAUUCGCGUCCGGAUCGCACGCCCGCUGCACUUCCAUUGGAAAGCAGGGCAGACGGCGUAUCUCACCAUGCCGAGUGUCUCAUUCUUCCCCACCGAGUCACAUCCGUUCACGAUCGCCAGCGUCGAGACUCAGGAGGCUGCUCCGAUCACGGAGAAGCAGUUGAAGGGGGAUGCACCAUACUGGAGGGAGUUGGUGUUCUUGAUCAACGUAAGAGACGGUUUCACGAAGCGGCUGAAGAAGCGCGCCGAGAACAGUGGCAAGGCCAUGGCUCUCGUCGAUGGUCCUUAUGGGUUCACGCCUGAUCUGGACAACGACGACACUGUCGUGCUGGUAGCAGGUGGAUCUGGAGUCGCCUUCACGCUAUCGACAUUCUUGGGCUUGGUUGAGAAUGUCCGCACCGGGAAGAGCGCAUGCCGGAAGGUCGUCUGGAUCUGGGCUAUACGAGAAGCCACCCAUAUCGACUGGGUGUCAGAUGCCUUGAAGCAAGCACUCGAACUCGCCCCUCCACACCUGAACGUCAACAUCCUCAUUCAUGUAACGGCUGGCGAGCCACUGCCCGUCUCGAACCAACGGGCGUAUGACGAUGACUCCAUUCACGACGAUUCCGAGGGCAAGUUAAACGAGAAAAACAGCACGUCGAUCUCGUUGCUCGACUAUUCUUCCGUUCGACUGUGCUCUGGCCGGCCAGAUCUUCAAACGAUGCUCCGGGACGUGGUCGCCAUCUCGACAGGGCGCUUGUCCGUAACAGUGUGUGGGUCGCAAGCGGUUGCCCGAGCGUGUCGUAACGCUCUCCGGUUCCCUGUCUCCAGCCCAUCCAGCGUUGCGAAGGGAGGGCCGAGCGUAAUAUUGCACGUCGAGUCCUACGGUUAUGCAUAGAUCUUCUUCCGAGUCUUUAGAUCAACGACUGAAACGACCACAACGUCCAUUCGUUUUACUCCCUCACUCCAUGGUCGAACUCUCACAGCACGG